AUGAAGUUCCUCUCCCUCAUCGCACUCGCGGCGAGCAUCACAGCCGUCGCUUCCAGCGCCAUCUCCGGCAACGCCCGCAUCGAACACUGCAAAGACUACGGCAACGACGACGCCCUCCAACUCAGCGAAGUCAACAUCGAGCCCUCACCCGCCAUCCGCGGCCAACCUAUCCGCCUGACCGCCAAAGGCCUCAGCAACACCAUCAUCAACCCAGGUGCCACCAUGGAGAUCAAGGUGCACAAGGGCGUCUUCAAGAAGACGUACACGCAGCAGCUGUGUGGCGGCGAGAACGGCUUGGAUUGCCCAACCAACCAUGUCGACUUCUCGUUCGAGGAGGUCAUUCCCAAGAGGACGCCGCAUGGGGAUUGGAAGGUCGAUGUCAAGGUCAGGGAUGGGAAGACCGAGUUGGCGUGUCUGAAGGGGAAGUUGAGGAUCGAGAAGAAGUAA